AUGCUGGCCAACAAAGUCUCAAGACAGAAGCCGUGUCACCACUGCACCCACCAGCACGCUUCAGCCGCGCCCGACCACUCCACGAUCCACUAUGAGAAGUCCUGGCUCUACCGGCACUGCUCCUCGCCGGUGCAGGGGGACAGGCAGUCGCAGAAAGCCGGGCAGCUCUUCUCAGGGCUGCUGGCCAUGAACGUGGUGUUCCUGGGCAGUGCCUUCCUCAGCAGCAUGAUUUUCAACCACGUGGCCAUCACGCUGGCAGACGUCUGGAUCCUGCUCUCCAUCCUCAAGGUCUUGUGCCUCUGCUGGAUCGUCUACUACUUGCUGGGCACCAGCCGGCAGCCGCACGCGGUGCUGCACCGCGACGACCAUGCCGGGCCCAUCUGGCUGAGGGGAUCCCUAUUGCUCUUCGGUGCUUUCAGCGUCCUCCUGAACGUGUUUGAAAUUGGCUACAGCGUCAUUCACAUCCAGUGCAAAUCCCAGGUGCAGAUCGUGUUCCCCUGCAUCGAAAUCCUUUUCGUUGGCACCCAGGCUGUUUUCCUGUGGCAUCACUCUAAGGACUGCAUUCAAGUCCAGCACAACCUCACCAGGUGUGGCCUGAUGCUGACCAUAGCCACCAACCUCCUCCUCUGGCUCUUAGCAGUGACCAACGACUCCAUUCACGAGGAGAUCGAGUCUCAGCUCCGCGACGUGGAGCAGCGAUUCGCAGGUAACGAGACCAUCUUGUGCACGUGCCCAAACACAACUGCCUGCAAGGUCUUCCAGAAAGGCUACAUCCUGCUCUACCCUUUCAGCACUGAGUUCUGCCUUGUUUGCUGCUCCAUGCUUUAUGUCAUGUGGAAGAACGUGGGGAGGCGCAUCAGCCACCACCAUGCCCCUCAUAUUAAGCCCAAAUUCAAGCUCCAGGGGGUGGUCUUUGGACCACUGUUGGGUGCUGCUGCUGUGAUGAUUGGUAUCUGCGUCUUCAUGAUGUACCAGAUCCAAGCCACUGGCUCAGCACCCAACCGCCAGGUCUUCGUCAUGUAUUAUUCCUACUACAUUGUGCUCCUGCCGCUGAUGAGCGCUGCCGCAGUGAUUGGGACAAUCAUCCAUGCCUUGGAGAAGAAGGAUCUGGACACGCUGAAGAACCCAACCCGCAGCCUGGACGUGGUGCUGCUGAUGGGGGCAGCUCUUGGCCAAAUCGGUAUGUCCUACUUCUCCAUUGUUGCCAUUGUGGCCACCAACCCCAGAGACCUGCUGAACAGCCUCAUCCUGUCCUAUUCAGUCCUCCUCAUCUUUCAGCACAUCACCCAGAACGUCUUCAUUAUUGAUGGGCUCCACAGGCAGCCAUUUGUAGAGUCAAUUGAGGCCAGACAUGCUGGACACGCCAGGCAGCACGCAUGGAAUCACGAAGCUCACAACCAGAGACGAGUGAGCGUGCUAGAGCUGGGCCAGGAGAUCCGCAGAGUUUCCCUCUCGUACAUCCAUACCUACUCUCACCUGAGCUGGAAGAGGAAAGCAUUAAGGGAGAUCUCCUUCUUCUUGGUUUUGUGCAAUAUCAUACUGUGGAUCAUGCCCACAUUUGGGGCUCACCCGGUGUUUGAGAACGGACUGGAGAAGUCUUUUUAUGGCUAUUCCACCUGGUUUGCCAUCGUGAACUUCGGCCUCCCUCUGGGCGUGUUCUACCGCAUGCACUCGGUGGGAGGACUCCUGGAGGUCUACGUUACGGCCUGAACUAGGCUGACCGCCCACCCCAAGACCGGGGGAGAAGGAUGAGGCCAAACACAGA